CUCCAUUUUAUAUACAUGAUACUCUAUUAAAAACACUAUACUCGUGAUACUUUAGGCAGGGCUCAUAUGAUAUUCGAUACAUUCCUCUCUCUUCUUGGUUGCGACAAACUGAGAACCUCUGGCGAGGAACACCUGAAUACUUAAUAAACGGAUAAAAUUAACAUUAAUAACGACUGUCUGUGGCUGAUCCACAUCUUAUCCGAGGACAAACGUGGCCGCUAGACCCACGUGAUAAACGCCUUACGAUACUUCGUCGAGAAGGGCGAACCGUCAGUUUUUCACAUCGUUUCUCUUCGAUACGUCGAUGGGUGAUAUCAGGGUUAACGAGGACGUGCCGUUUGUGCUAGAUCGGGUGUCCGCGAUGGAACAAAAUUCGGAGGAGUAUCGCGCCGAGCCGGUGAAGAACGAGGUAGAAGCAAUCGAAGUGAUGCGACACUACCGCAAAAAUUCUGAAAACGAGAGUAACGACGAAGAUUAUGCUCAUUCGCCGGUGUUACUAGAUCUAGACGAAAAUUUGAAACAGCAAAAAGCAGCGAAUCGGGAAGCAAACUCGCCGAGUUGCAUAGUACAUCAACAGGAUCAAGGAUUGGCCGCAGACGAAACGACACGGCCGCAGGCUAUAAGAGAUAGGUGGCAAGAAACGAGUUUCGAGACGCGCGACCAACAGAAUCCUGAGGGAGUGCUCGUGAUUAGAGUACCGGAACCGGAAAUAAUCGGCAGCCAUCCGCACCUCGAGAUACUCCAUGAGGCCAACAUUAAAUCGGUGCAACGGGAGCCAUUGCAAACUGAGAAAGGUGCGGCAAUGUCAAAUUGCACGUUGCCUGACUACAAGAAGUCGGCCUGCGAUCGUGAACGGACCCGAAUGCGCGACAUGAACCGUGCAUUUGAGCUGCUACGGUCGAAGCUGCCGAUAUGCAAGCCGCCCGGCAAGAAGCUCUCCAAAAUCGAGUCGUUGCGCCACGCCAUCACAUACAUCAGGCACCUGCAAAGUCUGUUGGAGCCACAGUACAGCUAUGUACCUGGCGUACCCGACCGUGCCGGUGGCUAUUACGCGGCCCCGUCGGUUCCGCCGACGUCUUUCGAGGUGCAACAUCCGGCCGCGGCCCGAUGGGAAUCUCUAGCUUACUACCGAUACGAUUAUCACGCGCCCUUCGCCACCCCCUCGCCGCCGACCUUGGUACCGCCUCUGCAACCGAGACUACCAAUUGAACAAGACGACCGACAGUUUUCUUACGAAGCGCGUCACUAGAUAGUUUGUCCAUGCGAGAACAAAUCCCGAAA